AACAACAGACUGGAGCCGCCGGUGUACUGUACUCUGUGUGAGAGAGUGAUUACUUAUCAACUUAUUUAACCAGAAACCAGCUCCCUGAUCGUGUUCGCCACUGCUGGUUCACUAUACGUCUUUGUCGUAACGGAUCUAAAACAAGGUCAGCCAUGAGGCUCGGCUCUCCUUUUCUCGUUUGUGUGGCUGCAGCCAUGUCCUCUGCGUUUGUGAUCUCCCCUCCCCAUAUGUGGAGCAAAUUGAUCCUGACCCACCACUGGCCAAGCACCUUCUGUUCUAUGGAGCACUGUCAUCCCAAUAUUAGCUACUGGACAUUACAUGGACUGUGGCCAGAUAAAGGGAUUGACUGCAAUUCAUCGUGGCAUUUCAACUCAUCUCAAAUAGAGGACCUGCUUCCAGACAUGAUGAAGAGCUGGCCUGACUUGCUCAACCCCUCAUCUUCUGGAUUCUGGAAAUACGAGUGGCACAAACACGGCACGUGUGCAGCCAAAGCUGAAUCUCUCAACAGUCAGCAUAAAUACUUCAGCAAAGCGUUGGAGCUGUAUCACAAGUUGGAUUUGAAUAGCAUCCUGGUGAAAUUUGAAAUCACCCCCUCUGAAAAGUACUACACUUUCUCACAAAUUGAAAGAGUGAUUGAAAGCUUCUAUGGUGUUAAACCUAAGAUCCAGUGUGUCCAUCCAUCACAGAAUGCUGAUGUCCAGAUUUUGGGACAGAUUGAAAUCUGUUUCGAUCCUGAUUUCAACCUCGUGGACUGUGAGAAACAGCUGACCUGGGUCGAGUUCACCAAGCCAGGCUGGGACAGUCCCAUGGGUGCUGGCAAGCCAUCUGGGUUCAGCGUGUGUGACCACGAUACGCCAGUUUACUAUCCCCCUCUUUCAUAGGAUACACACCGUACAUAUGCAAAUGUAAAAGCACACUACAGGCUGUUCACAUAAAUAUACAUAAAUGAGUUUUUUCUAGUGUUAAUACUCAAAUUUGUUUAUGUCACACUUCAAAAUGAUUAUUAUAAUUUUAAUUUCAGUAAUACAAUCACCUUGUGCAAUCUAAAACGAUGUUUGAACAGCACUGAUGGUAUGAUUGUACCAAGUACUUGAAACAGCUAAAGUGUUUUUACAAGGAGAAUAAAUCUCAUGUUCCCUCCCAUAAGAGAGGGAUUCUGCCUCUUUUGAUAUUUACACAAACUGUAUAUGAAUCCAAAUGUGUGCACAACACGUGCUUUCAGCAGCAGACAGGCAGCUGAUGUGCUGGACAGUUCACGUACAUUCAUAGUUUACAUUAGUGUACUUGAGUGCCAAUCAAAAGGUUUUAUGAGGAUGUCUUUACCCAAAAGCAAUAGGAUAAUAAUUUAUGUCUCUUUUUUUUCCAUAAUUCAAACUGAAUGUUUUCUGCAAAUCAAAUGACAAUGUUCAAACAGGAUAAAAAUAGGAUGUAAGUGAUUUAGAGUUAUAGAUAUAUUUUAAUAGCAUUUUUAAUGGUGUCAGUACUGCAGCAGGAUAUUUGCUUAAAAAAAUAUAUAUAUAUACACACACACACACAACAGGAAAUGAGUGUUUGCCAAUUACUUUGAUUGCCAAGUAUGUUUUAUUUGUUUUGUGUUUUUUUUUUUUCUAGUUUGUUUUUCUGUUUGCACAAUAAUAGAAAAACUAAUGUUCCGAUGUAUUCGAAUCGUGUUCAAAGUCUAAAAGCCCGGGCAAAGGAGAAACCUUCACCACUGGCAGGUUUGUUUCUGGGCUGUAGACCCUGAGAAAGGCCUGCAGCUCCCACUACUAUAAUAUGUUUAAUAAGGUUUAACUAUGAAUGUGAUGAGGUUAAUACUGAGAAAUCAAUUCCCUAAGAGGGACCAAUUAAGUAAUCUGAUGCAUUAAUGCUGAAAAGUUUCAGAAACUAAGUUUCAGAAAUAAUUUAACUCCUCCACUGAGAGUAAAAAGAAGCUUUGUUAUGUGGUGAUUCUGUUUAGGGUUAGAGUCCCUUAGACAUAUAUUGAUCAACUGUAGCAUUGUGACCAUUGGCAGUCUGAGUGAAUACAAUUGAUGAUCAUAGAAGCAGAAAAAAAUAGUUCAUCGACUCCACACCUCACAAAGAGUUGAUAUGUACUGUAUGUAGUGGUUUAUCGAUUAGAUCAGACUGGCAAAGUUUGGAAGAGUGGACUAUUGGCCUUUGUAAUGUCUUUCUGUGUGUCCUUUAUAAUCAGUGCCUAUCAUCAUACAAUGAGGAAAAGGCAUUUUAAUUGUUUCCACAUCGCUUCAGGAACCUUUUGGAAUGUGGAAAGUGAGGAUAAAGUCACAGACAUAACACGUUUUCACACAAGUCUUCAGUCCUUUUCUGAAUUGAAUUUUGUAUCACGAGAUGUAUUUGUUGUUUAUUUGUGGCUAUUUUUACCUCCAGAUUGAUAUAGAGAUCGAAUGAUUUAUCAAAGUUAUAGGAUUUAGGUGACUGUUGGUUGCAAUUGUGUAUAUACUGUCAUUUUUAAUGUCAAUAAAAUCACAAAUGGCUAGACCAUCA